AUGAGCAGCCCACGCCGCCGGAUUGAGACUGAUGUCAUGAAGAUGUACGAAACUGUCCUUCCGGCCGAGAACCUCCCCCCGGUGCCACCAUUGCUGGCUAACAUGGCUGUGAACCAGGUUGAUGAGCGAUUACGAACCCCAUUCGAAGGAGGUCUGUGGAAGGUCCAUGUCGAGCUGCCCGAUACGUAUCCGUACAAGUCUCCGAGCAUUGGAUUUGUUAACCGCAUCUUCCACCCCAAUAUCGAUGAGUUGUCCGGUUCUGUGUGUUUGGAUGUCAUCAACCAGACAUGGUCUCCGAUGUUCGAUAUGAUCAACAUCUUCGAGGUCUUCCUGCCUCAGCUACUCCGAUAUCCUAACCCGACGGAUCCGCUCAACGGGGAAGCAGCUGCCUUAUUGAUCAGGGAACCAAAGAGCUACGACGCCAAAGUUAAAGAGUAUGUCCAGAAAUAUGCCAAUAAGGAUAUGGUGGACGAAGCUGGUGCCGAGAGCGAGGAUGAGGAUGACAUGUCCUCGGUGGCGAGUUUUGGUGACGACGACGACGAUGAACCCGCCGGCCAAAUGGACGACGUAUAA